AUGCAAUAUCGUGAGUCCCUCCGAGAUGGUGCUGGUCCGAGAGCAGCAGAGACCUACGCUCAGAGGGUGGUCGAGGUCUUCACCACGACUUUGGCACGCUCCGGCCUCCCGUCAGUACUGGAGAGUUCGGUCGGCAAUUGGGAUGUUCUUCCGGAUAUUUCCGGAAUGCACACCGAAGUGCGU